UAGCCAAACACCCUCUUACUUCCAAGCAAAAUUUAAACUUAAAAUAGGUCUAAAUAUACAUGCAAUUGCGUACAAAGUAUAGUGAAUUCGAAUUUUGAUUCAUCAAGAGUCCACAAUUAUUUUUGUGAAUAAAUAUAAUAAAAAAAUAUGAAAUGAUUAAAGCAGGCAAUGAAAAAUCUCUUGGAUCCGUUAUGUAACCGUUAACUGAGCUUAUUCCUUGGGACUUUUAAGACCCCAACUCUCAAUUGGGCAACCACAUUCAAAAAAGCAUUCCAAACUGACCACUCACAGAGCUCAUCAUGUCCAGCUCAGCCCACCUUGCAUCCGCCGUGCUCCUCCUCCUCCUCUCCUCCGCAGCCGCAACCGACCACAUCGUCGGCGCCAACAAGGGCUGGAACCCCGGCCUCAACUACACCCUCUGGGCCAACAACCACACCUUCUACGUCGGCGACCUCAUCUCGUUUAGGUACCAGAAAACACAGUACAAUGUGUUCGAGGUGAACCGGACGGGGUAUGACAACUGCACGACGGAGGGGGCCACCGGAAAUUGGAGCAGCGGCAAAGAUUUUAUACUGCUGGACAAGGCCAAGAGGUACUACUUCAUCUGUGGGAAUGGCGGCUGCUUCAGCGGCAUGAAGGUCUCUGUUCUUGUCCACGCGCUGCCGUCACCGCCCAAGUCUUCCUUGGCGGCGGAGCACUCCUCUGCUGCCGCCGCGGCGCCUGGAGUUGUGGGGCCGCUUUUGGCUGCCUUGCUCUCUGUUUGGUUUGGAUAAGCUAGCGUGGAUCUUAUCUCUUUCAUGUUUUUUAUUUCUAUUUUUUCUAUUUCUUUUCCAAUUGUUUUAUUUAGAGAAUUUGGGAGUAAUUGUAUUUCGACCGACAAAGUUUUGCAUUGUCAAGGAUUAUGAUUAGAAGUUUGGACAUGGGUGAACAAUGAGCUCUAAAAUUUGUUCUAUACAUUAAUUCUUUACAAAAUGAAAUGAUGGUACAUUUCUUUACAAAA